UUUAAAUAAAAAUGGCUACGUCAUGUUGUCUCCAUUUUUCACCACCGACCGCUUCGUUUCAGGCAAGAACGAGUCGGAAGCAUUCGACGGUGAUGAUGGCAUCUCAGAAGCUUAUAAGCAUCGGAACCAAGAUCAUAGCCGUUGGUAGAAACUACGCUGCUCACGCCAAAGAGCUCGGCAACGCCGUUCCCAAGGAGCCAGUAUUGUUCUUGAAGCCAACAUCAUCUUAUCUGCAAAAUGGAGGAACUAUAGAAAUUCCACAUUCUCUGGAGUCAUUAGAUCAUGAAGUGGAGCUAGCAGUUGUUAUUGGGGAGAAAGCUCGCGAUGUUGCUGAGGGAUCUGCUAUGGACUAUGUCGGAGGUUAUGCACUUGCCUUGGACAUGACUGCAAGGGAAAUCCAAUCUUCUGCCAAGUCUGCAGGUCUUCCAUGGACAGUGGCUAAGGGGCAGGAUACCUUCACACCCAUUAGUGAACUUCUGCCCAAGUCAAUGGUGCCGGAUCCUGAUAACCUGGAGCUAUGGUUAAAGGUUGAUGAUGAAAUAAAACAAAAGGGCACAACCAAGGAUAUGAUCUUUAAGAUCCCAUUCCUGGUGAGCCAUAUCAGUUCCAUCAUGACACUUCUGGAAGGAGAUGUUAUCUUAACUGGUACUCCAAAGGGUGUGGGUCCCGUAAGAGCAGGCCAGAAGGUGACUGCAGGCAUAACAGGACUUAUAGAUGUCAACUUCAAUGUUGAGAAGCGAAGGCCUGGAAGCUGUUGACAGCCCUUACAGUGGCCAUGAGUCAGUUUCUGUGGUAAACAUUCCUGUCAAUGGGAGGCAUUAUCAAACUGCGGGCAUCGAUUGUGACACCAAAUUUUCGAAGCCAUCCACCCUCAACUGUUUUAAGAAAUAGCGUUGUUCUGAAUAAAGACUGAUUAGACUUGAGCUUCCUGUAUGUUUCACUUCUUUGAUAUGGACUUCGGAUAAUUGGCCGAGUUUGCUGAAUAAAACUGCCCAAGCUUUCUUGAA